AUGAACACGAGCUUCUUCCAGAUGCUAAGAACAAAAAAAGAACUCAUUCCCCUGGUUGGAGUAGUGUCCUGUGCAGGAGUUGGGGCCUUUUCUUUUUGUAUCUAUUCCCUAUUCUGCAAAUCUGAUGUGGUCAUUAACAAGAGUGGCAAUCCAGAGCCAUGGGAAACAGUAGAUCCUGCAAAGCCUCAAAAGCUAUUGACAAUCAAUCAGAAAUGGAAACCUAUAGAAGAGCUGGAGCAUGUCAAAAAGCUAACAAAGUGA